GAGGGGGAGGGGAGUGAGGGACCUCUUAUUUGCCUCUUUCUCUUUCUUAGAAAUUGGAAUACGCCUUUUGCGUACUUGUUGGUCAGUGGUUUCGGUAAGAAUGCAUGCGUAAAGAGAAUAUUAUUUAAACAUUUGCAUUUGUUUUGAAUUUUGUAAUGGAGGGAAAAUGAGAAUGUACAUAUGCUCAAAAUAAAUAUUUUUUUUGUCGCGAAGAUUGAACUCUUGUACAAUUGGAGAAGUACAAAAUGACAUCAAGAUCGCCUGAUCUAUUUGAGAGAUAUAUGACACAGUCACAUACAAGUCCCGACAAUGAGAGAUUUUCUAUUUCGCCAGAUUUUGGUCAUCGUACUCACGAGAAAGCUUUUUGUACAGAGAAUAAUGUCGAACAAUGCAUUGCAUAUCUGAAUCAGGAAUUGGUCACACUAGGAUUCUUUUCACUAUAUAAAAAUUCUGAGAGAAAUGGAUAUAGUGUUGUGCGAUUGAUUAAUAAUCUAUACGAGCUUCUUCAACUCCAAAUAAAAAAUAAUCAAGUCAAAGAUGAAUUGGAAGCAAGGCAGCGGAGAUCAGAUUGCGAUAAUGAAUUUUUAGUUCAGAGUCAAACUCGUCUGAAGAACGAAUUUGAUCUAUCACAAAGAGAAGUUGCUCUGCUGAAUUCAAAACAAAUUGAACUGUCGAAAAAAAAGAAAUCAUUGGAAAACUUGGUCAAAUCGCAAAAAGAAGAAAUAAAGAAAAUGAAGGGAAACCAACAACAUCUUAAGAAACAAUUUGAACACGAUAUUAGGAAAGUUGAAAGAGAAAUGGUGAAACUUAAAGAAAAAUUAGUGCAGUCGUUAAAUUACAAGACGAAGGAGAAAUCGAUAGGGAUUGAUAUGCUUAAUUCCAUACAAAGAGCUGAUGGAAAAAGGCGAACUUGGAACACAGGAAACAAGCACGAUGAAGAAAUGUAUCGACUGGUCGUAAACAGCUAUGAAGAUAAACAAAAGGAACUUAUGGAAGAAAAUAAUGAUUUACGAGAGUUAUUGCAACAUACUGAAAACGAGUUGGUGAAUCUUCUUAACAAAGAACACCAGGAUGUCACUACGGAUUCUGGGGAAGAAGAUAGUGACGAAGAUUCAAUAUCUGUGAGCAGUCACACUGAAGGACAAUAUCAAAUGCCAUUCGAACUUGUCCGUGAAGGAAUCGAAAGGAGCAUUCGUGAGAAGUGGAAGAGGUUGAAGGAAGGAAUGGACAGUUCUAAACCAGAGGACGUCAAGAAAAAUAACGAGAGUAAUACAGAUAAUGAUGCUGAUAAACUAAAAAAUGAAUUGGAAAGAUACAAAUAUAUCGUUUUACAACAAGAAGAACAUAUACAGAGACUCCAAGACGACACGGGUGCCAAGGCCGAUUUUCUGAAUGAUUCCGUUGUAACCGCUGAGAAAGAAAAGGUGGAUGAAGAAAUAAAACUAUUUAAACAGGAAAAGAAAACGUUUGACGAAGAAAGGAAAAAGUUUACAGAAGCAGCCAUCAAAUUAGGUCAAGAGAGAGAGCGUUUUAACGAGGAAAGAGCGAUUUUCCUGAAGCAACAGUUACUGAACUCUUCUCCAAGUCCAAAGAAUGAGAAAUUUCGCGCAAGAAGGAAAAGCGAAGAAGAUGAAAUUAAAUUUCCGAGAACUACCACCCAGACCCCAGUAUAUUCAGCAGCACCGCGCAACAACAACGGUGUCGAACGUAGAAAUGAGAGAAUAGCUGUCACAACACCAAGUACUGAGGACCUGUACAGUAUAAUAAAUUUAAGAACAAAGACAGAACAUCUGGCUGAAGAAACUCCAAGGCGAACAUGGAACCAAGGUUCACGAUCAAGUAGUCAAAAUUCUGAAAACCACGAAGAUGAAGUUAUUAAAGAAAAUCAUUUAUCAAAUAAAAAGACAAAAAGAAUAGGGGAACAUGCACAAAAAAUUAAGAAAGCUCUUUUAAAACAACACAAUAAUUUGAAGUAAUAUUUCAAGUAAAAUAUCAUAGUAGAUUAUUUAUAUAAUGAUAGAAUUAGAAGGUAUAAAAUUUUCUAGCGUUUUUGUGUCUCUUUAAUUAAAUUGCUUGUACACUAUCAAAAAUUGUAAGGAGAUCGUUAACAGCGUAUGUUCUGGUAUAUAAGGCAUAUACAACAUACGCUUUGAAGGACUAAGGGCAUUUUUGACGAAGUAUGAAUUUUUCGUAUUACGUAGGUUCUUCAUCGAGAUGUGGAAGUCAUUCAGCUUGCCUUAAGGAGGCGAAGUGUCAGUAAUCUUAUUUAAAGACUAUUUUCUAGAAAGAACAUUCGUCGUAUAGACAUUUUAAAUGAAUCGUCAAAUAUUGAUGUAAAAAGAUGUAAAAUAUGUCCUGUAUAUAUAUAUAGUUAGUAUAAAGU